UUUGUUGGACAAUUUAAAUUGAUAUUUAAUUGUUUUCACUACUUUUCAUUUAUUUAAAUUGUCGUUACCCUUUGUCAGUUGAUUAGCUUUGUACAAUUAACUACAUGGUGAAUGUCGAUCAUGGACAAAUUGGUUAAUCUUUGUGAGCUCAGAAAGUGAGGAUAAGAUCAAUUCAUAACGUUCCAUAUUUGGAGGUGAUCUCUUUCUCUUUUUUUCUCAUUCUCUUUUUCUGUUGCUGCUCUUUCAAGACUCUACCAUAUUUGUUGUCUGUUUAUGUCUUUUCUGGUUGAGGUGAUUUAAAGGAGGAGGAAGAAGAACUAUUAUUGGCCAAUAUUUAAUUUUAUUAGAUAAUAGUAAUUGGAUAAAAACAUUUUAUUUAAGAUGGAGGUUGAUGAAGAAUUACCUUCUGCAGAUAAUAGCCGGUGCAAUAGUCGUGCAAGUAGUAGUGGAGGUCGUUUUGCUCCAUCACCUUUAGGUCUUACUCGAACAGUGCAAGGAAUGGUUCUUAAUCGUGGUCUUGGUUUACGUUCACAUACGGGAGAAUUUGCUGUUCCAGCUCCACCAGGUUCAUCAGCAACCCUUCCUCAUCCAUCUAAAUUAAUGCUCUCUGGUCGUCGAAGUAGUUCUGGUAUUUUUCUUUCCAAUAUGUUUAGUUCUAGAUUUCGACAUUUACAAAAAUUACACACCGAUGCUUUCUUACUUGGUUUAAAUGGAGUCGCUUAUCCAGGUUUACCAAAAGGUACAAUGUUUCGUUCAAGUCUACCUGCUACUCCUGUAUCAACGCCAAUCCUACGAGAAGGAUUUCAACAUUUUACUGAACAAGCACUCAAAGAAAGACUUUGUAAAACACCAUCUCCAAGAAAGAAUCGGGGUUUUUCACCAAGCUCAUCCCACUCUAGCCAUCAUCAACAACAACAACAACACCAUCAUCAUCCACAUCAAAAUUACCUUUCAGCUCACCAUUACCACCAGUCACCUUCUUCUUCCUCUAAAGUAUCAACAGAACAAUUAAAUUAUCUAGAUGAUCAUCAUGAUACUGAUGAUUCUUAUUCUAGUGAUCAUCAAAUGGAUACAACUAGUCCAGUGCCUCCAACCUCCGUUAUGGAUGAUCCAUUGAUCGAAGGUGGUUCAGAUUUAAGUGAAUCAGAAAGUAUCUCUUUGCCAUCGAUUUCAAAACGAGCUACCAAACCCACCACCAAAGAUCAGAAUUCUUAAUAUUCUGUAUAUACAAAACAUUUGAAAAUGGACGAUAAUAUGUCAUAACGAAACUACCGAUAACUAAUCACUGAUAUUCUUUACAAAGUGGAGGAUUAAUUGAUUGUUUCCCUUUCUUUUUCUAGUUUGCACUGAACUUCAAUGUUACAAUUUCUUUUUAAACUCUAUCUUUUUCUCCUGGUCAUUGAUGAAACUACCGAUUGGCUUCUUUUUCUUCUUCUUUUUUCUUCUAUCCUGUUAUAUUUAUUCACUUUUUCAUUGAGAAAUUAUGGAAAAGAUGAAAAUGGUUAAAUAUUACAUUCGAUCAUCACCAAUUUAUAUGUUUGGUGAUUAUAAGUUAAUUGAUUAAUUGACUCUGUUAAAUUGGACUAACAUUGAAAAGGUUACUCAAAAUGGGAAACUGUCCAAAUCUAUUAGCUGGAAAUUUUGAUUCUGUGAAUAUUUUUUAUAUAUGAUUACAUUGCAUGGAUUAUUUAAUUGAUUAAUCUGUUAGCCUUGCAAUUUAAAGCUAAUAAGUUCUUAAUCAUUUCAAUCAACAUCUUCACAGACUCAACCUUUCUCUCUGCAAUCCAAUAUAUAUAUUCACAAAUGCAAUCAAUUCUAUUGCUGUUUAAUAUAAAUAAUAUGAUUUAAAUGCUCGAAGUUGAUUUAAUUGAACUUUGAUUGUUGAAUAGCUUAAAUUAAAAUUCAAUUGAUAAAAAAAUA